AUGGUGCAAGUGUUCACCUUUGAGCUGGGAAGAGAGCUUUACCAACAGGGCCGCUUAUGCCAGCUGGGUAGUGAAUUUUGUGAACUAGAAGUUUUUGCAAAGGUGCUACGAGCUUUAGAUAAAAGACAUCUGCUUCAUCACUGUUUUCAGGCUUUGAUGGACCAUGGAGUAAAAGUUGCUUCUGUCCUGGCCUAUUCUUUCAGCAGACGGUGCUCCUACAUAGCAGAGUCGGAUGCUGCUGUGAAAGAAAAAGCAAUCCAGAUUGGGUUUGUUUUAGGAGGGUUCCUAUCGGAUGCAGGCUGGUACAGUGAUGCUGAGAAAGUCUUUCUUUCCUGCCUUCAGUUGUGCACCCUUCAUGAUGAAAUCCUUCACUGGUUCCGAGCUGUGGAGUGCUGUGUCAGGCUGCUGCACGUUCGAAACGGUAACUGUAAAUAUCACUUGGGAGAAGAAACAUUCAAACUGGCUCAGUCUUACAUGGAGAAACUUGCGAAACACGGGCAGCAGGCGAACAAAGCGGCGCUCUACGGGGAGCUCUGCGCCCUGCUCUUUGCCAAGAGCCACUAUGAUGAGGCGUACAAGUGGUGUAUAGAAGCUAUGAAGGAGAUCACAGUCGGGCUGCCUGUAAAAGUAGUAGUGGAUGUUUUACGACAAGCUUCGAAGGCUUGUGUCGUAAAGCGGGAGUUUAAGAAGGCGGAGCAGCUGAUAAAGCACGCGGUGUACCUUGCCCGGGAGCACUUUGGAGCCAAGCACCCCAAAUAUUCUGAUACUCUACUAGACUAUGGAUUUUACUUGCUCAACGUAGACAAUAUUUGCCAAUCAGUUGCCAUCUAUCAGACAGCUCUUGAUAUCCGGCAGUCAGUAUUUGGAGGUAAAAACAUACAUGUAGCUACAGCUCAUGAAGACUUGGCUUAUUCGUCGUACGUUCACCAGUACAGCUCUGGGAAGUUCGACAACGCGCUAUUCCACGCUGAACGUGCUAUUGGCAUUAUAACUCACAUUCUCCCAGAAGACCAUCUUCUGUUGGCGUCUUCAAAGAGAGUUAAAGCACUUAUCCUGGAGGAGAUCGCCAUAGACUGUCACAACAAGGAGACGGAGCAGAGGUUACUGCAGGAAGCCCAUGACUUGCAUCUCUCCUCACUCCAGUUGGCUAAAAAAGCCUUCGGGGAGUUCAACGUGCAGACAGCCAAGCACUACGGCAACCUUGGGAGGCUGUAUCAGUCCAUGAGGAAGUUCAAGGAAGCAGAAGAGAUGCACAUCAAAGCGAUUCAGAUCAAGGAGCAGCUUCUGGGCCAAGAGGAUUACGAGGUGGCGCUGUCCGUGGGGCACCUGGCUUCGCUCUACAACUACGAUAUGAACCAAUAUGAAAAUGCUGAAAAGCUUUAUUUGAGAUCCAUAGCGAUUGGAAAGAAGCUUUUCGGUGAAGGAUACAGUGGACUUGAAUACGAUUACAGAGGUCUCAUCAAACUGUACAAUUCCAUUGGCAAUUACGAGAAGGUUUUUGAAUACCACAAUAUUUUGGCCAAUUGGAACCGGUUGCGGGAUCGGCAGUUCUCAGUGACAGAUGCUCUGGAGGACGUAAGCACCAGCCCUCAAUCCACUGAAGAAGUGGUCCAGUCUUUUCUGAUGUCUCAGAACGUUGACGGACAGAGUAGUUAAGAACUCGGUCAAAUUAACCAGUUUAAGGUUUUUUUUUUUCCCCCCCCAGGUUACAGGGGGAAAAGUCAUACUGUGAAAUCUAAACCAUGUAGUUCUCUGGGGGCUGGAAUUUGCAUUGAAACACUGGUCCAGUCUGCUGAGGAGUGCCCAUCCGGAUGAAUGUGUGUUAAAUUCCUAGCAGCAUGUGUAUGGCAUGUUUAGUUCGGCUCACAUUUUUAACUCGGUAUUCCUGAAAACCCCUGCUUUUUUUUUUUUUUCCUCUCUUCUUUCAAAAGAAGCUACUUUGCAGAAAAGCCUGCAAGGAAACAUUAAAUAAAACUGUUUGAGUUCAAAAGAGUUGCAUUCUUAUUACCAAUGGAAGGUUUCACCAAGAGUUGUCUUCUGAGACGUAGGAGGAAUAAAUGCCGUACCGUAGGAGUUAAACCAGUGAGGUCUUGCUGCCGUGUGCGUUGUGGCAAAGUUCAUCCCAAAUAGCAAGAAAAGGGAGAAGGGCCUGACCUCGGCUGCUGCUUUAGGGAGAAAAGUGGCAAAAGACCCACUUGGGAGAGCGACGUCCUCUUAGGUUGUUGUAAAUCCCCCUGAACUGGACCAGUGUUCAUCCUGUAAGAGAGAGAGGAAUCCUGUAGAGCAGCGACCUCCGGUACCACCCGAGAGUGUGACCCUCCCCAGCGGGACCAGGAACAGCCAGAGUGGACCAGCCUUUGCUAGAAAACAGUUCUCGGACCAGUGGCUUUAAUUGACUAUUUCUGCCCCUGCACUCACCUUCUUACGGUAGAAUUCCUUUCAUUUAGAUGUAUGAUCAGUGCAAAACUAUAUUCAUGUAAUAGAUGCAAAACUAGGAAGUGAACGUUCGUUAGCGGUUGCGAUGGCAUGUCUGUACCUAGUGAGCUUAUGGAUAUUAAUGGCAGUGCCACGGGCAAAAGCUAGAAAUGCUUGACUAUUUGCUGCAGCCAUCUCUUUUUUUAUUUUUUUUUUUUUUGACUGGGCUUACUCGCAUAAUUGAGGCAGUGACUUGUUUAUACCGGUGAAUAGUUUUGUAUUACAAUCCAGUUCCAUUUUAUGUUUCUGGAGAACACAACUUCUUGUACAGUUUGCAGGGGGCAGUGGAAAAUGCCAAAAAGCACAACAGGUCUCUCUUUUUUUUUUUUUUUGUGAUGCUUCAUUUCUAUAUUAAACAAUAGUACAACCAGAAACCGAUUCCUUUAUAUUAAUUUAAAAGCAGAAGCCAGCUGUACAGACCCUUUACCAAUGCCUGUCUCACUAGCUUGUCUUAAUUUUAAUUCUCUUGGGGGCGGGGGCUGCUUGGUUGUGUGUGGGUUUUUUGUUUAUUUGGGUGGUGUUUUGGGGUUUGGGGUUGUUUUUUGUUUUGUUUUUUUAACAUUGAGGUAAUACUCGUUUGAAAGUCUGUGUAAUUUUGCAAACUAGAACCGAGUGGCUGCUGUUACCUCAGUUCUUUCAGCGGCACAGACUGUUCCUGUCACCUUUGGGGGUCUCUCCUUUCCCCCCCAACCCUAUUUUUAGGGGGUUGUAACUGGGCCCUGGUGGGUGAGUCCAGGCCAAGGCUCAGUGAGCACUGGGACCUGCGGGGCUUGGACUGGGAUGGUUGUUUGGGGUCUGGUUUUUAAUUUGUUCAUGGAGUUUGGGGCAGGGAAAGCCACUUGUUGCUUCUCAAAAAAGAGCACAGAGAAGAAAUUUCCAUUUCAGACACGACUUUGAGCUUCACGGCUCUUUUAGGAACUGAAAUUUUACAGGCCAGUAGUUCAUAUCUUGGUGCCUUUGAGUAUAUUUUGGGGGGAAAGGCUGAAUAAUACCAACUUUCAGUGCAGUUAGGUAAUUAGUGAAUGCAGACUUUAUUAUUGCAUACUUGGAAUAUCUUCCCUGGUGUGAAAAGAAGUAUUUGCAUAAAAAACCCCUGUGGUAUUAACAGACUGCAGUUUAUUCUCAAUGGCUGUUCGGUGAAAAUCCAACUUAAAGUUGUGUGGAUUUAAAAUCUACUUUUUUAUAGCAAUUCUUGUUGAUGACUGCUUUAGGUACUGCAGCCAAAUUGAGCUCUCUUCAAGGCAAAAUGUUUUCAUCCUCAAGUGCCCAUCCAGCAGGGCAGUGAUGAAUUAUACAGUUCUUACGAAUUCUUUUCCUUAAGUCCUGUUAAAACUAUUCAAAAUGAAGUGUGUGAUGUCAGAACUUAGGCAGGGAAGGUUUGCCUAAAAUUGUCCUGAAGAAGCUCUGUAACUUCUGCAGUGCAGAAGUGGUUAAAAUCUCCCGACGGGGUACCUGGAUUUAGACUUUGAUGUUUUCUGGAGAGGGUUUGUUUGCUCGGGGCUUCCCCUCUUGGGUCUCUGUCUCCAGCUUUGGAUUCAGGAAUGUCCAAGAUCUCGAGGUUUUGUGUUUGGGAGGAGGAGUGUUAUUUGGGGGAUACCGGUGGAAGUGGUUUAUUUACAGGAACCACUGCUGGUGUUUCAGCUCUGGUUUGUGAUGGUUCUGUGGUUUCCCUUCAGGUUAGGGCAGGCAGGAGGUGUUAACGCUUCUCUCUGACCAAAUGCACGUUGUUUAAUCGGUAGCUUUAUUUUCAGCUCCAACUGGGUGCAGGUAUUGUCCUUUCCUUCCUAAAUCUGCUCCGCCAGCACCUUGUCUGCUUUGGUGCAUUGGCUUGUCUGGAAGGAAUGAAGGUCCCAGAAGUCACCCAGAGAUCUCUUUGGUGGUGGACCCUGGCCAGGGUGGUGGCAGUGAUCCCUGUAGCGUGUGCUUUUUGUGUCACUCAGAUCCUGAGGUGAUUUUUGGGUUGAACUCUUCGUUGUAGCAUCCCCACAGCUCCUGUCCUGCCAGGGCAGGGCAGUUCUGGAGACAAGCAGCUGGGCAUGAAGUUGUUAAAGCCCGGGAGGUUUUGCAGAACAACUUUUUGCAGCUGCCCCCAAACUGCUCUGUUCCCUGCUCUGCUGCAGCCUGGGACCUCCCCCUCCUGCUGGGAGAGCUUGGAGCCUGCCACUCAAGCAGCCAACUAUGAAAUACUAGAUAAAGUUAAUUAAUUAUUGGCAUUUUCUAGAUGUACAGUGUGCCUGCUGCUUGCUGAGCAGGUGCUGGUUGGUGCUGACAUUAAAGGGGGAGACCUGGGAGUGAAAAUCCAGGGAAAUCCAGGAAAUAUCAGCUGACUUUUUUUUUUUCUUGAAGGUAAGUAAUAAUUAAUCACAGCAGAUUAAUUGGAUGCAAGUGGUGAGGACAGGUGAGGAUGUUUUCCCCCUAUAAGGAAAAUUUUAAGUAUUGUUUAAAUCAAACCUGUAAUGUUUUAUUUGUGGCCUGAAGUUGUUUGGGUGGGUGGUUUGUGUGUCCUGUUUCCCUGGAAGGUUUGUCCAGCUCAGACCUUUCCCUUGAGGAAGGAGAGGUCGGGAUCCCUCUCCUCUCCUGGAUGACCUGGCAGGGGAGGAAAAGUACACAAAGAUGUUAAGAGCUGGCAAAAGGGGAAAGUUGCAGGAAGAUAUUUGAAAAUAAAUACAUCCCUCGGCUACUUGAAGUUAACCAUCUAGUGACUAUUUGGCCCCAAACAGUAGUUUGGUCACUUUAAUUGUGACCAAUUACAGCCGGUCGGUGUCUGCCCCGGGGUCCUGGUCACACUCUGCGCCGGAUCCACAUUUAGUGUUUUAAGACUUUUUAUUUUAUUUUUUUGCACAUGUUUUUUUGUUAAAGAAUUUUGAAGGGUUUUUGUUGUUGAAUUCUAACUUAUUUAGGACAACGAUGUUGUUUUGUAACUUUACAAAUGAAGUUUUUUCUUUAAAUGUGCUGCGGUCUGAGACUUGCUAAAGGUGCCAUUGCGCUGCUUCUCGUGGUACAGAAAAAAAAAAUGCACAUUUAACUCGAUUUCCUUUUUCUGGCCCUACACAUUGGUUAGAGCACAAAAAGGAAAACGCAUCGUGCCUAAAACAGGAUCGAAGCUGUUGAGCUCUUGACAAAAAAACUUCCCUUGAUUUCCUUGGAGGGGGUUUGACUGCUCAGACUCCUCCCUCCCUGCUGCUCCUGUGCAGGAACCUUAGUUUAUCUGAAGGUCACUGUUUUUCUGUCCUUUUUUUUUUUUUUUUUUUCUUUUUAUAAUAAGAAAAUUCCCGGCCAAACGUGGCCCAGUGAGGAUUUCUGGGGAGAAACAGGGAAGAAAACUUCCUUUAACCCAGGAAUAAAACGAUACAUUUUGAUUCUCCUCAAACUCGGCGGCCCCGGUGAGGCUUUUGUCCCUAAAUCUCAGGAAUGUUUUGGGCAGUGGAAGAGGUUUCCUGUGGGUGAUACAGAGGUGUGUGCUCUGGGGUCUUGUUUCACGCUGUUGGGUUGCAAUCCUAGGUAUCCAUAGCAUGAGUGGCCUUAGUGAGUUUGUUGAAGUGCACAUUUUUUUUUUUCUUCUCUCUCUCUCUCUUCUCAAAAGUAAAUUUUAAGAUGAAAAAAAAAAGAUAUAUACUAUAUAAAUAUAUAGAGAUAUUUAGAAAACUUGGUUUGUGGUGCACAAGUUCAGUGUUGGAUCGCUAAAUAAUCGUCGCAGGUACCAUUUGUGUAACUUCUUUCUUUUCUGUAUAUUCCUCUCUGGGAAGCGGUGUUGCCAUGGUAACCACACCUUUACGGUUCCUUUACUACUUCAUGAUGUGAACGAACUCUACAUUUUAUUGAAUAUUACCAGGUUCAGUACUAUUUUUAUACUUUAUUGAACUACAGGGGAUUUUAAUUUAAUAGCAUUUUAAAAAAAAGAAAAAAAAGAUGUUGCUUGAACUGUAUAACUGUAUAAAUUGACCGACUGACACAAACCCCCCCUCGGACGCGCGAUCUCCACCUGUAGUGCCACCUCCAUUGCUCUGAGAGUCUCUGGGUCCUCACGAGGCUCUGGAAGUCCCACCCCUACUUGUCGUGUCCAGACUUUUGAAGGUUUCGUAUCCUGCUUCUCCCAGACUGCAGUGCCCACCGUUUCUUUGUAACCAUCAAACCAUCCGAUGUUUGUAACCAGCAUUGUGAUAUUCUGUAACUGUAUCGCUACGAUGAAAUAUUGACCUAAUAAAUAUAGUGGUUCCCGCAGUUUUUGAAGUA